CACUUGAAUCAACAUGUGAAGAGAGAGAGAGAGAGGGAGAGAGAGGGAUAGAGAGAGAGUGGGGGGGGGGGAUGGCUUGAAGAUAAUAAAAGGAGUAUUGAAGAGGGAUUCUUGUUGGGCUAAUCACCAACACCAUGUCCUUGUUGUUUAAGCAGACAAAAGGAAUCAUGGAGAAAAUACGCGAGGAACUUGGACAAAUCAGUGGAGAACAUCAUAGAAAAGUCAGUGAUAAGAAAAUAAGAAGGUUUGGAAGGAUAUGCGUCUUUUGUGGGAGUAGUGCGGGCAAAAAGCCAUCUUUCAGUGCCGCAGCUCUUGAGCUUGGAAAACAGCUGGUUGACAGGAAGAUUGAUUUGAUUUAUGGUGGUGGGAGUAUAGGGCUCAUGGGUUUGAUCUCUCAAACAGUCUUUAAUGGUGGCUGUCAUGUCUUAGGAAUUAUACCAAGAGCCCUACUGCCUCAUGAGAUUUUAGGAAAAACUAUUGGUGAAGUUAUGACAGUUGCAGACAUGCAUGAGAGAAAGUCAGAAAUGGCUAAACAUGCUGAUGCAUUCAUAGCCCUUCCUGGUGGGUAUGGGACAAUGGAGGAGUUAUUAGAAAUGAUAGCAUGGUCACAGCUAGGAAUACAUGAAAAACCUGUGGGAUUGUUGAAUGUUGAUGGUUACUACAAUAGCCUUUUAGCAUUAUUUGACAAAGGAGUUGAAGAAGGCUUCAUAGAGAGCUCAGCAAGGCAUAUUGUGGUUUCAGCAGAGACAGCAGAAGAGCUCAUCAGAAAAAUGGAGAAUUAUGCACCACUUCAUGACAGUGUGGCACCCAGACAAAGUUGGCAAGCAGACCAAUUAUUAGAGUCUCCCCCUACUGAUCCCAUGACUUGAAGUUUUAAAUAUUCUUUUUAUGUUUUGUGUGCAAAUAACAUA